CCGAAUGAUUUUAUAUGUGUUUUGCGACUAAUCAUUUCGUGUGUUUUCAUCGUUUCUGUUUUAAAACUCCGAAACAAGUUGCGACGUUGCGUACAGUCAAAAUUGCCGCGGUGGUACAACGUUCUUUAUUCCUUCCCUACAACCGAAAAACAAUCGUUAUGUCGUAUAGUCAAGAAUAGAUUACUUCAGUACGGCACAAACUGUACAUUCCAGAGGAUACAAGUGCCGUUGCAUGCAUGCAUGAAAUAAAUACAUGCGUGUAUUCGUCAGUUUUUGUUAUGUUAUCUUAAAUUCCCAAACACGCCAACCACACAAUCUAUUAUUAAUAGCGCCUGGCAGGUUGAUGACGCUGCCACAAGACGAGGUUAGUGUAAACAAGAAGUUGUGUUCAGAAAGUGGCACGGAAUAUUGAGCAUACAUCCAGCGUCACCUCGCUCAAAUGAGGCGAAAUCUGAUGAUUUUAAGACGAAGGAUAAUCCAGCUCAUCCUCGGGGCCACGGUGCUCAUAUUCUACAUCCAGUUCCAGCUUUUGUCGUUCACGGAUCGGAGGUUGUUUCUGAAGAGGAUAAAGUUAUCUUUGCCGUAUAUUCCUGGAGAAGAGUUCGCGACGGAGAGAGGGGGCGAACGUUGUCAGUCACUUCCUUCAACCGACUUGGGUCUUCAGGGCCUCACCUUGCUAACUUGGCGGAGCAAGUACAUCACUGAACUGAACUCUUUCAAAGAUUACCCUUUGUUUCCAAAACACCCUGCUUCGGUACAGUUCACGGUGAAAUCUUCCUUGCGUAUCCCAAAGGCAGUCUCGACAGGCGGCUGGCUUUUCGGCUUGCUGUUCGCUCCCGACACGGGAAACUAUCGUUUCGCCUUGUCCACGAACGGAGAAGCCGAACUGAGACUCAGCAGAACUGCGGAGCCCGAAGGAACACGAGUUAUAGCAAGGCUUGGUUGGUCAGACGAGCAACCAAGGUCAGGAGAAUACAGUAAAUACUCCACACAAACAUCAGUGUCUGUUUUUCUUCAGAGAUGCAAAGCGUAUUACGUGGAAGUUCUGUUUCACACGCGAAGGAAAGACAGUCACGUGGAAAUUGCAUGGGAGACGCCGAAAUCUCUGAAAUACGCGCUCAUUCCGAUGAAAUACUUCGUUCCCUACAUCGGCCCACAAGACAUCGCCCACACCGCAGAAAAUUUGCUCAUUUUUGAGGAUAACGUCAAGAUGACUUCGCUGUUUGAUUACGUCUCGAGACAGAAAAAUUCCAUCGAAAACGAGAACUUGGAUCAGUGGAGAAGACUACCGUACAUGCUUUCCUCGCAUGCUCGAAAUAUGCCCAAAUGUUCGAAGGAUUUUAAAGGAUAUUCGGCGAAGCCCAGACUUGUCUUACCCAAGCUUAAUGGGAAAUCUACGGAGAAUCUAGUCAACGAGUAUACCCAACGUUUGAUGAAGAGGAGUAACGGGAAAUACUCAUUUCGAGGUAUCCAUCAUGCUGAGGAGAAAUCUCUGGGCGAGAUUGGGACAAGAUACCUGAUGAAUCUUGAAUUUCAGGACAAUAUCAUGGAGACCCGAAUAAGAGUUUCCGAAUAUAUAUUUUAUGAAAAUGAGAAAAGCGAUUUGUGUUUUGUCGACGAUUUUACGUGGAAGCGUGACGCAAUGGUGAUCAUUAUUGCUGUGAUUCCGACCAUGGAGACAUGGUCUCAUUACUUCAUGGAUCAUUUGUCGGUAAUGACAAGCAAGUUACAGGACUCAAGAUUCAGUGUGAUUAUCGUAACAUCUCAACGCCUCAAACACUAUUUUCAAACAAUAGUAACACAGAACACUCUUGCCUGGCAUUCUCGUGUCACGUUGCUGCUUAUGAAUGGAAAUGAGAUACGGAGCAUCGCGAGUAUAAUCAAAGCAUGUCUCGGACGAAUCACAACUCCCAAUGCAAUAGUAUUCUUCACAAAUACGCAGGUGCAACUGCCAUUGAAAAUCCUGGAGCAUGUAAGAGAGCAAACAAUUGAAGGAAAAACGGCGUACAUUCCUUGGCCCGAAAACUUCGACAAAGGCUUUCAAAACAACGCCACCGUAGCAAACCCACUGGACGGAAGAAACCCCGACCGACCGCCAUCAUUUUCUCUUUACGUCUCAGACUUGCUAAAACUGACGGGCCAGAAAUUGAAGAGUAAAAAAAGACAUGAUAUGCAAACGGUUUGGAACAAAGGAUGGUGGCAAGACUUGGUUAAUGGCACGUUGGAAAUUUACGUCAGCAAAAUGCCAAUGUUCUAUUACUUUCAACCAGAAUUAUAAUAGCGAUAUUUCAAGUAGGGUAUGUUUAUAAAAAUACAACAAUCAUGUAUUAGAUUCAAUUUUUACACGUAUUCACAUUAAAUAA